AUGACAACCCUGUACCAAAGGAUGGAAUCUAUGGAGAAUGAAAUGAAACAACUAAAAACAAAGAACAAAGCUCCUAAAGUGGCUUUCUCCGCCUCUCUGUUGAGCUCUUUCGGACCUCAAUGCGUUGGACCCUUUCAUAAAGGUCUACACACCCUGAUUUAUGAAAAUGUCUUCCUUAAUACUGGAGAUGCCUAUGAUCCAAACACCGGAAUCUUUACAGCACCUGUGAGGGGAGUGUAUGCUUUCAGGGUCUUCUCCAAGGCCUUUGGAAGUCCAGAGAGAGAUGUUACUGCAGGCCUGUUCAAAAAUGACCAACACAUCAUUUCUACACAUGGAGUCCAAGCAAGUGGUUUUAUGAGCUCUUCAAAUGGAGUCUCGCUGCUGCUAGAAGAAGGGGAUAAAAUGAAGGUGAAUCUCUAUCCUGGACAAUGGAUUUUUGAUGAUGGAGAACAUCAUCACAGCACAUUCAGUGGACAUCUGCUUUUCCCCAUGUGA